GGCUAUCCUAAGCUAGCAAGAUUCAUCGGCGAGCAACCUGGGUUUGCAAUCUUUCGUCGCUUCUCCGAACUUAAUGCGCGCAAUCUAUUAUAUCUGCAGGCGGAGCUGCUUGAUAUCGAGGAAGAGCUUUACGAGACUGAGAUUGAUGAUCAACGUGAUCAAGAUCUGAGGCAGCUGCAGUUUAGCAUGCGUGGUAUUCACAACGGAAGAGCAGCUCCAGAAGGAUCAAAAGCUCGUAGCCGAUGGAAGCUGUAUGAGGAUCAGCGGAAGUUGUUGAAGGAAUACAAUGAGGUUCUCAUCCAACAACACAAACUUUACAGCCUACCGCGACCUACCAACGGCGAAGUGCGAGGUCUCCGAGAAUUUAUCUGCGAUAGUGAAGUCCAUGGUCACAACAGCGAUCAAGAAUGGCUGCAUCAUCCUGAGAAUACGAUCUGGAGUCUCAACGUUGAUGAAAAAGCCAAGUACGAGACUGAUCAGCAACGAGCCAGAGCUCACGAAAGAGCCAAAGCAACACAAACCGAUCUUGUCAGUCUAUCUGGUCACAUUGCACCCGAUAGCUUUACAGAACUGGUCCGCAGUAAAGUGGUCAAACGGUUCCACGUAAUGUUUGGACGUCGCCUACUGGAGGAAGAUGCAGAAUUUGGCGGACACAUGUAUAGUGGUGCAGCACUGGAAAAGUUGGCCUUCUACAUCAGCAUCCUCUUCGCAUCACUGCUCCCUACCAGCAGUAUCAUCGCUCUAUACUAUAUCCCCGUCCUUAUCUGGCGCUUGAUUUUUAUCGGACUCUGGAGCGCGACUUUCAGUGUUUGUUUGGCAUUCUUCACAUCGGCAACCCGGAUUGAGAUCUUCACGGCGAGUGUGGCG